CACAGAGAACUGAAAAAUGUUUCAUACAUCUCCCAAAAGUUGUGCUUAAACGGCAGUCGUUUAAAAAGGCCAGGACACCAUUUAAGAUAGCAUACGCUCAAGCCUUAAACCCUAAACCCUCUGAUGGUCGAAGAAGAAGCAGCAGAAGCAGAGCAAGGAAACAGAUUCUCAACCGCCCAAAGCCCAUAACUUUGUUUGGAAAAUGCUGAGAAUUGCACGAGCCCUCUAUUCCCCUCGAAAGGUCAAACAACCCCUCACCCUUUCCCUCUCAUUCUCCGCCCAAUCCCUCUCGAACCCUUCUCUCUCACACCUCUCUGCCCCUUCUCCUUUGGUUCCGAGACUACACUUUCAAUACCCCCAAUUCCCGCCCCUUUGCUUCUCUUUUUCUUCGAUCCCGUCUCUGUCCCUCACCCGCGAUGGGAAUUUCGACGAAGCCACUUCCCACACCCUCCUCGUCUGCCGUUGCGGGGUUCACAUGCAGGACUCUAGCCCUAAACACCCGGGCUUCUUCCUCAAGCCCUCCCAGAAGAGUCCCACUUAUCGCUCGCGUGCCCAUCUCUUGCCCCUCGCUCAGGAAUCCGAAUUCCCCGCUUCUCUCAAGAAGGGACUUUUAAUCGAGCCCGAGACCCCCGAUUCGGUCGGGGAGAGCUCCGAGAAACCGGUUGUCUGUGCGCGGUGCCAUUCGCUGAGGCAUUACGGGAAGGUGAAGGAUCCGACAGUGGAGAAUCUGUUGCCGGACUUCGAUUUCGAUUACACGAUAGGGAAGAGGCUGGCUUCCACGAGUGGGACCCGUUCGGUGGUGUUGAUGGUCGUGGACGCGUCGGAUUUCGACGGAUCUUUCCCGAGGAAGGUGGCGAAGCUGGUGUCGACGACAAUCGAGGAGAACUCCGCUGCGUGGAAGCAAGGGAAGUCGGGGAACUUGCCGAGGCUGGUGCUGGUGGUGACGAAGAUCGAUUUGCUGCCAAGUGCUGUGUCGCCGACCAGGUUGGAGCAUUGGGUGAGGCAGAGAGCGAGAGGAGGAGCGAACAAGAUAACGAGCGUGCACAUGGUGAGUGCAGUGAGGGAUUGGGGAUUGAAGAACUUGAUGGAUGAUGUGGUGGGAUUGGCCGGUCCGAGAGGGAGCGUGUGGGCGAUAGGGGCGCAGAAUGCGGGCAAGAGCACGCUAAUAAAUUCAAUCGGGAAGCUUCUCGGAGGAGGAAAUAUUACGCAUUUGACAGAGGCACCAGUGCCUGGGACAACUUUGGGGAUCGUUAGAGUGGAGGGGAUUUUGCCAGGGCAAGCAAAGCUGUUUGACACGCCAGGGCUUUUGCAUCCGCAUCAGAUCACAACAAGGUUGACGAGGGAAGAGCAGAAACUUGUGCACAUUAGCAAGGAGUUGAAACCGCGGACUUAUAGGAUAAAGGUUGGCCAUACUGUUCAUAUAGCUGGGCUAAUGAGGCUGGAUAUAGAAGAAUCAUCUGUAGAUUCCAUCUAUAUAUCGGUUUGGGCAUCUCCUUAUCUCCCAUUACACAUGGGAAAAACCGAGAACGCAACGACAAUGCUAGAGGAACAUUUUGGCCGUCAAUUACAGCCACCACUUGGGGAGAAGAAACGAGUCGAAGAACUUGGUAAAUGGGUGAGAAGGGAAUUUUGUGUCAGUGGUAAUAGCUGGGACUCAAGUUCAGUGGAUAUUGCGGCUUCUGGUCUGGGUUGGUUUGCUGUUGGACUUAAAGGAGAGGCAGUCCUAGGUGUUUGGACCUAUGAAGGAAUCGAUGUUGUUCUUCGCAAUUCAUUAAUUCCUUACAGAUCACCUAAUUUUGAAGUUGCAGGGUUUACAGUCUCGAAAAUCGUCUCCAAUGCCGACCAAGCUUUGAAUAAACUGCGCCAAGAUGUAAAGAAAAGGAAACAGGGCAACCCAAAAGUAUCUGUAACAGCUGAAUCAUCGCUGUUAACAGGCGAUGCAGACUCAAAUUCUUGUUGAGAUCGGCAACAAUUCAUAAAGGGUGAUGUGUGAAAUCAAGACAAACGGUUUCCAUCAUCGAAAUGGUUUUUGGGUGAGCAAGGCACGCAUAAAUGCAAAUAUGAACCCUAGCUUGCGAGAGCAAUGCUAAACCUUGCAACACCAUUGCGCUACAGAUGGAGUGGUUGACAGCUACUUGAAGCGUGCAGGAGGAUUUUCAUAUUGCAAGCUUUUCUUCUCGAGGUACAACAUCUUGAACAUCUAACUCUGAAUCAGAAUAGUGAUGUUCCAUGACUUCCAUUGUGUUUGGAGACAAAACAAAAACACUACAGGAAAGUAGAGGAGGAGUUAAACUUGCGCAGUGCCUUUGACAAAAAUUGCUUUUAUUGUUGGUCUUCCUGACUAAAACCAUGUAAUCCAUUUGUGUCAUUUUUAUUUGUUUAGGAAUGUUUUGCUUAAAUUUUUUAGUAUCGAUAUUAUUAUUGAAAAUGGUUUGGCCGC